UUUCAAACAAUAACAAAGUUAGAGUUUGCGAUCAAUAGCCCGAAGAGAAGGGAAAAUCUAGAUUCAGACCUUAUCUCUCUCGCCCGGUCGUUUAUUCGUGUUUUGAAACCUGAAUUGCUGCUAUUGAUUGGGCUUCGUGUUCGUACCUUUCAUGUUAACCGCGAGUGUUGUCCGGCGCUUCAAUGCAGGGCAGUUUCAAGAUCCAACUUAUAAACAUGGGAACACGGGCGGCGGCCUAGGUAUGAAUCGGGGAGGCCCCAUUGCGUAGUCGCUUUUUGUGUGUAAUGCAGCCGCAGGCGUGCGAUAUGCAGUUUGUUUUGGAGCCGCUGAAUCAGAAAGUCACAGCGAAGAUCCGCAGCCUGUACGACUGCCAGUUGCGGUUGAUGCACAACAUCCAACCACUGCCGUCUGGCGCUGACAUUGCCAAUACCGUCAAAUACUUCUCGCAGACUUUGCUUAGUGUCCUCAAAGAUGUCCCACGCUCGCCCCUGGAGAUGAUCCGGGACGCGGACAAUGAUGCAGAUCGGAUGAUGCUGUAUCCUAAUCUGGACUAUAAGGGAUUAUUCAACGCUAUCUCGCAGCUCGUAGACGCUGCCCCACAUCUUCAAUAUGGCAUGCAACCAUUUGGUCAAGCCGUAUUGCAAUGCCUCGGUUGCCUACUCCCAUUCUUGGAGUACGAUAUGAUAGACAACCUGCCAUAUCUGGUAGCGUACUGUGUGGCCGUGUUUCCGAUGACUCUUCACCAGGAAAUACUGCAUCUGCUGUGCUAUUACAUUCUGCCGUUUACCAUUUCUCGUAAAUAUUCCGGGCAAGAAGAAGAAAGCCAAGCUUCUCAGUCAGUUGCUGCGAUUGUAAUGAUGGUGUUUCAGCACUCCAACAACCCAGCUCAUCACUGCCAACUACUGGAAUGUCUGAUGUCUAUGAAGCAGACGGUAGUGAAGGACAUUCUCUGUGUGAUCGCCUACGGCACAUGGGGCGCGAGAGUGUCGGCUGCCAAACUUCUGUUCUAUUACUGGCCACCGUUCGACGCGAAAUUGUUUGAUAGAAAAGGACUGUUGUGCAAGUUUUCUAACGACCUAGUCCCGUUCCUGUGCCAGCGGGACAUGUGCCCCAACGCUGGGUCAGCGGAAGCCGCCAAGGUCUGCUACGACCACUGCAUCAGCGUCACCUUCGCCUCAGACAGCCCGCCGCCGCUGUAUCUGUGCAUCGAGUGCGCUAAUGAGAUACACAGGGAACACCCUAAUCAAAGGUUUUUUGAUAUCUUACAUCCACAGCAACAAGUGUCUAUGGUGUGUGAGAAUAAGAAUUGCCGAUCGUCAGACAAAGCUGCAUAUUCCAUUUGUUUUUCUAACGAGUGCGCUAGUUAUAACGGCAACCAUCCUAUUAGAUACUGCCAGCAGUGCCACGGCAACCGGCACAACAGCCGGCGCGGCGGGGACCACGUGGUGCACACGCGGCUGCCGCUCGCCUGGCAGAUGGACAGCGACAUGCAGACCAAUCUGGUGGAAGCCAUCAUAAGCCUCCUGAAAGAAGCCAAGCCGAUCAAUAUGGAGGACCCUGAUAGUUCGGUGGAGCAACUCAAACCGCCGCUGACUGUCAACUUGCCUGAUCCAAUUUCUGUUGAAGAUCGACAGCUGUUGGGCAGAUAUGGAGUAUGGCUGAUGGUGGGCCUCUGCACACCGAACCCCGAUACUCCAGAUGAAGUUUUGGGACGUCUACUCUCAGUCCUAUUCCACUGGUUCCACGUCACUUCUUUCUCGUAUACAGGUGAAACAGCGACGAUGGUGGAGAAGCUAAAAUGUUCCCAUGUUUGCGGCUGGUUGCGCGGCAUCGCGCAGACCCACCGCAUGGUGCUAGUGUCGUGUCUGUUGCCGCACCCACCGCAUUACACCAGGCAGGCUGGCCACUGGGACAACCUCGCUUCAAAAGCGCAUCAUCUCAAAGACGGACUCAACAGAUUAUACUGCUUGAUACCGUACGGAAUAAUUACCCAAUCGAUAUGGGAUUAUAUCAUGCCCGCUUGGAUGGAAGCCAUCUGUACGGAUGUGCCAGAAAAGGAACUAAUGGAACUAAAAGUCCCCCUAGCGAAGAUUCUAGAACCGGAUGGCAGCAUGGUGGGGGUAGACGAACGCAACCUGUACAACUUCGCUGUGCUCAAAGUGUCCGAUUCUCCAAAGCCUGAGACUGUACUGCCGGUUUUGGAGUGGUUCCAGACGAUAUCAAUGUUAGAAGUGAAAAUCCCUCUGAAUCAGCUGUUUGAUUUGUUCAGCCACUGCGUUGUUAACCUCCCUGAGAAAGUGAUAAAACCCCCGGCGGACACUACAAAGUCAUGGGACUCCAAAGAUUCUCCGUCGUCUACUGAUAAGGAGAAGAAAGAGAAAGAUGAUGAAAUGAAACCGCAAAACUUGACAUGCUGCAUUCUUAUGCUUGAUAUAUUACUCAAACAGAUGGAGUUACAACAGCGCCGCAUCAACAGUCAGAAUGUAAGCAGCGAGGCGACGAAACUUUUGCGGUUGAUGUUGAAAUCGAACCAAAUGAAUACUGUUGAACACGCGUGGUGCGCCGCCGAAGGCGCCUGUGGAUAUUGUAAGGCUGCAGCCUUGUGGCAUCAAUUGUGUGUGAUGUUGGUGCGAGCGCUCGUGAUCGACACUCAUGCGAAUAGAGAGCCGUCCCUAGACGACAUGUGGUCCGACACGAACCCGAGGAAUAAGAACCAGUCGGAAGACGAGCGCAGCAAGUCCGGGGGCGCCGGGGACACGGCCGCGGCGGGGGACGCGCUGCUGUCGCUGGCGGCCGGCGACCGCGCCGCGCUCGGCGGCGUGCUCGUGCACAUGCCGCAUUUUGUUCAUUUCAUGCAACUCUCCCUAAUAAGCGACUUCGGGUCGGACCCCACCCUGACUAAGUCGUCCGGCGACACGCAAAUAAUGACAGCUACAGUGGAAACCAUAACAGAGCAGCUCGAUAUGGCGGUGUCGCUGCCACCAAGUGAACAGCCACCAAUGGCCACCGCACACACCAUCACCCUGACUGACACUGACGUGGCCACCGCCACCGCAGACGUAUCUACACCAAAUCUGCUCGGUGACCACGAAGCGACAGCAGAAUCUGUAGAAGACGAUAUGACAAAUUUCUGGCCUACAUCUGCUGGGAAAUUUCACUUCUGCAUAGACGAGCUGCCUCAGGAGUUGCAAUACAUUCACCAAUUGCUUCAGGAACUCAAAAGCACCUCCCGACCAGAUGUGCUAUAUCAUUUGCUGCAAUGUCUCCAAGUGUUAGUAUUGAAUGCGGAUUGCCUGGCCGAGCAUAGGGGCUUCCUUAUUUGGUGCCAGGAGAAUCUGCUUAUAGACAACCUAUGGAACGUGUGUAACGCAUCCCACUCGCACAUCUGUUCGGUCGCUGUGCCUAUUCUGCUACACUGUGUUACAUUAGCGGGUGGUGCUGAUGUGUUCUGCAACUUGAUACGCGAUCAGUUCCACCAUCACGACGAACGCGUCAGGUUCACAGCCACCGAGCGGGUCACCAUCAUAAUACGCUUUAUGGACGGGUCUCCAAUCAAGACAAGUCUGCCUCUCCAAACGGCAUUGGCUACUGCGUUCUGUUAUUUGAUAUCCAGCAUGGACGAUAUAAAUGUGUACGUCGCGCAACGAGCCACUUUAUAUAUUGGCACUAUACAUGACAACGCUGUUGAGUUACUCCUAUACUGUCUGGAGACUCAAUUCGACCUGGUCAUAGUCGACCGGCCAAUGGUUCUGCAAUCCAUCUAUCAGCUGCAUAAUACACUAAGCGACCGCCGAAUUCUAACGUGGGAGUUCUUUUUGAACCGAUUCGAAGCGUUGUUUUUGGAGGCCCAGAUCAAUUGUAACAAGACUGUAGACUUUUCUAAUCUAAGAGAAUUAGUAAGCAGCGAAACAAGCUCGGAGUGGUUCCUAUACAAAGUGCGUCGCGCACACGAAGCGCUCAGCGUGUCGGCGCGGGACACCAACGUGAACACGCUCAGCGCCUCCUUUGGAACCAAAUGGCCGUACAAGAGGACUAUAUCUGCGCCCGCGACUAUGCCACCUCAUCCUGAUACUAGACACGAACGCGAGAAGGUGUAUUCACGGCAAUUCUCAGCGCCCUUGUUGAAACGCAAAACGUCGCGUUUUGGUUUGGGACAACUGCUGACUACGCCACAAACCCUUGGGCCUACGCCCCGUUCUAAUAACACUCAUGAUGGUUUCCACUCGUUAUCUGGACGGUCUACAGAAGACACUCUGACCACAGUAUUGCCAAAAGCAGUCGAUUUGGAAGAAGCCGAUCGGGAGACGACCAAUUUGCUGGUGUUCCUUCUGAUGCAGUUUUUGUCAAGAUCUGACCAAGCCCACCCGACGGAAGACAAGGCUACAGCUAAAUCGCAAGAGCUAGUACUCAGACACUUAUUCCUACUACUAGGGUACAACUGCGUGGAAAAGUACUUUCAGAUAUCACCUUACACGUUGAGACAAUCGUCAAUUUUCAACGCGUUCAUGGCAAAUUUGCCUCAAGUGUUGGAUCAAAAUCAUGUGAUGGGCGCCAGUAUAGCUGAACCUACCUUAUUAUUAUUGCAGUACUGCAGUAGUCCGGCGACCGGAGGCGCGAGCGCAGCCGCCGGCACCCACUCGCUGACGGCGUUGGAGCCGCAUGUUCGCAGACAUUGGCUUAUGGCUUUAUUGGUGGUUCUCUACAAGUAUCACUACGGUAACGGCACGCUGUGCAGUCAAGUACAGACUCUAGUUCGAAUUGUGUUGAACACAGUAGAAUCACAGUAUCACCAAUGCAAGCGAAUCCCACCUAUGAUAGUAAUGCCGCAAGCCAGAGCGAGAGAUCUAUCCCAACCGUCUCUAAAAACGGAGCACGAGCCGAUGGCGUGCGCGGGAGUGUCGUCGGGGGCGGCGGGGGGCACCGGGGGCGCCGGGGGCGCUGGGGGCGCGGGGGCGGGGGGCGCCGGCAGCUCGCCGCUGUGCGCGGAGCGCAGCAGCAAGCUGCCGCACAAGUCUCCCGCGCACAUGACCACGCAUUGGGAGGACCCGCCCAAACCAAACAAAUACCAACAAUGGAGUCUAGAACAGGAAUCAUCAGAGAGCGAGCUGAUAGCAAUACCGGAGACGAGCGAUAAAUCUGACACCACCGUGCACGGAAGCACUGCCCCUGGUUCGUUUGACGAGCCAUCUCAUUACGAAGAUCCGCCGAAAAUCGAGACACCUGCGACAACUGUUCACCCAACUUUAGCAAAAAAUGGUCCAACAGUGAGCUCUCGCUCAGCCCAUCAGCUUUCGACCAGCUCAUCUGUGUCUAUUGGCAGCGAUUCGUCUAAUCUUAAAUCAACUCCAAUGAGUGGACAAUCCGUGGAGAUAUGGCCGGACCAGUUACACGGACAGCAGACCUCCCCCCGCGCUAAGAUACUCGGGAAACAGAAGAGGAUUGUAGUAGGCAGCAGCACUUCCCCCGAUACUGGUCCAUCGUCAUCGGGCUCGGGUCAGUUCUCGUCGUGGCCGCACAAAUCUCAGGAACACCACCACGUCAAAAGUCCUGUAAAAGGCGUGGCUUCAGCAGGCGUAGCAUAUGCAUCACCCGAAUCGCCUCUCUCGAAGAUGGAAGUGUGGUGGCCCGCGCCCCCGCAGCGACCGCCCCACCCUCAGCAUCAGCCGUUCCACAUCCCACCUACUGAGAGGUUAUUGCCGAUCGGACCGAAGCCCAACAAAGAGCAAUAUCCAGUAUUCAAUGCGCUGGUGGACAGAGUGAGAGAAGCUCUUAGUCUUCCGGACGAUUCCACAGACAAAACGGACUCCAGUAAGUCGGAACCGGAGCCGACACCCACCCCCACGCCCACGAGCAGGGCUCCAGAAAUGAAGAAAUUGUCUUCAGAAGGCAGCCGAUCACGUGGCACGUCUCCCAGACGCCUGGCGCGCCAGGCCGCGCAGCUGGGCUCCCCGCCCGCGCCCGACCACGACCACGACCACGACCACGCAGACGGCCCACAAAGACCUAAUAGCACUGAGAGUGCCUGCGAAGUGGGGUCGUGGUGGGAGUCGGCGUCGCGCGGCGGACGUCGCGCCGCGCACGCCGCGCCGCCCGGCGCCGCGCCGCCGCCCGACACCACGCUGUGUUAUAGAUGUGCAGAAUGCGGCUGCGCAGUAGAACAAUGCAGCGACGAAGAACUAGGUUUAUGCGUUAUUGUGUUGGCUACAUUCAUACACCGCGAACCGGCGGCUGCGGCUGGCAUGCUGCCCGCGUUGCUUCAAGCUGUUAGCAGGGUGGUGCAACUGGGCCAAUAUUCUUGGCAAGUGGACACGAACACCCGUUUGCCUGGCAGUGCUGUGUUCGUGGCGCAUCAGUUCUUGCGCUGCGUGUUACACCAACUGGCGCCCAAUAAUGUGUUCCUACAGAUAUUCUUACAAAGGACUCCUGAGAAGCAACGUUUGAUGUUCUUCAAGAGCAUAGCUCAAGCAUUCGUGGACUUCAAUGAACUGUAUCCAUGCGGCCCUCUACAACUUGUUGUCGAACAUCUCAACUCUAAGAAAACUUUGCCAAUCGAUCAAAUAACAGUAAUUGCGGGCAACAUAGCAAUGUACCUCGAAUGCCUGGCACCGGAAGCCCUCGGACCGCAAAGCGCUUGCGUCGCUUUAUUGCAGCAGCUUGAAGCGCUGUUUCGGAGCACAGCUCUGCAGUUACCUCAACUAGACGAUGUGUUACCACUGUUGAGAGUAGCGACCGCCGCGCUUAGAAUACCAACUGCGGCCAUACAUAAGAGCAUUCUGGAGCCAAUAUCGAAGAUCAUAAGCUAUGGUAUCCAGAACUUCGUGGUAAAACUCUCAGUAAUAUCGGAAUUAAGCAUGGCUUGCGUACGAGUGUUCAGCCGAGACCGGGAUAAGCUGCUAGUAUGCAGAGUUCUGGUCUAUGAGCUGGUGCAGGCUUUGAGGACUAAGACUACUGUGCCCGACGAUAACCUGUUCAUAUUGAUACAGUUUGUGUUGCAAGGCCACGGCUGCACCCUACUCCUGCCGCCGCAGCUGAGCGCCGGCGACCUGCUGGCGGCGCCCUCCAGCGGCGAGGUGCGGGACCUGGGCAGCGGCGCCGUGGACUGCAUGCGGCCGCAUCUGCCCGAUAUGUUGGACCUGUUGCAGGACCCCCAUCUGCUUAAUAAGAUCAAGGGUUCCGUAUCCAAAUCAAUAGUGAACCGCAACCUCAUCUGCCUAAACGAGGAUACUUUGGGCGCCAUUGUCAAGGGAGGCAUCGCUCAAUAUGUCGCUAUGGAGUUGGCUUUGGAACAUAGUCGGGGAAAACAGGACCGUGGACAAGCGUGCAGACACAUGCCGUGGCUGACUAGUUCUAUACCCGGUUCUCGUGAAGUGUGCGAGUGCGUGUCCCGCGUGCGGCUGAUCUCGUGGCUGGUGAUGGGCGCGCUGUGCAACUCCAGGGGUCAACAACCUCUGCAGCAGCCCGUGCCGCAGGACGCCACUUGCCACAUCACCGAUCACGUACAGACAAUAAUGUCCUCCUACGUGGAGCAAUCUAAACCGGGUCCUCAACGCAUGAACGCUCUAUUCCAUGCGUUCAUACUCUGCCAACUGUGGACGCUAUACCUCGAGGAGAUAGCUAGCGGGUCCACGCCCAGCAGUGAACCUCACAACACCACCGUCUGCAUACUGCUGGAUUUCUGGUGCAAACUUGUGCCUAGUAUUCUGCAGGUCACCGUACAAUCCAAGAUUUUGGCAGAAACGGUGAACCUCCACUUUCUGAGUCUCCUGGAAUCGCUGUUGGAAUGUAACUCCACCGUGCUCAACAAACUGCUGCCGCUGUGGAUUCCCAUACUGCACUCCCCUUUGUUCAAUAUGCCCCGUCACGUCCAACAACGAUUAGACGAGUGUCGGGAAGUGAAACCCGAGGCGGUCCGCAACUACGGGCUGGCGGCGGGGCCCGGGGGCGCCGCGCCCCCCGCAGGGCCCGGGGGCGCCGCGCCCCCCGCAGGGCUCGGGGGCGCCGCGCCCCCCGCCGGGCCCGCCGCCGGCGUCACCAGUGGCACCGCCGCGAGGGCCCACAGGAGGUUGCACAGGUUGCUGGCGAAAAUGGCGCAGUUGGAACUGCAACCUCAUACUUUUUACUUUAUAUAAGUCUUUUAGCUGGUAAGUUUGUUUCUUUAUACUUACUUCGAUAGUAACGCCUGUUUUACGUUACUAACUAGUAACGUAAUAAUGCUAGGAAAUAGUUUCGUGAAGUUCUUGUAGUCAAAACUUACUCGUGUAAUCGUAAAAUUUAGCCGUAAAGUCAAUUGUAUUAUUUGACGUUUAGACAUGACAUUUUUUGAAAUGAUUGAAUAUGCCAUAGCAUAAAUUUAAUUGCAGCCUAUGCACGUCUUAAUAGUAGAAAUAAUACUUUAAAAAUAUCCCUAUGAUUAUAAAUUAAUUAAACACCUAAAUAUGCAACUAAUUUUAGUUUGGUACCUACUCAUUUCUUUUUCAAAUAAGUGAGCCGUUUUCAAAAUAUGCUUGAACAUGUUAAGUCCAGACUUCGUAAUGAGUCAACGUUGAUUGAUUUAAUUUUUAUAGACACAAACAAAAAAUUAUUAAAAAUCGCCAUAUGCUCGACGCUUUGAAGAAAUUUCAAGAGAAAGAAAGUUAUAGAAAACCUAACCUAAAAAGGUCUAGACGCAUUGCGAAAUCGACUUUCUACGAUAAUAUUAAAUGAUAGAUAUAGUUUGUGCAUACUAGUUAUUUAGAAGCGUGCGUAAACAUAGCCAAAAUAUAUUUACAGAUUAAUUAUUACUUUAAUAAAAAUGUAUUAGCCAAUUUUAAAUUAGCUGUGAUUUAAUAUGUGUCAAAUUUUAUAAUAUGUAGAUUAUGUUUUUAUUGAAGCGUUAUAGAAAUAAAUGUGUUUUGUUGUGUA